CUCUUUUUCUCUUUCUACUCUUUCAGGUUUUGCUUCAGGUGUCUUCAAUCUUUAUCCGUAGAUCAUGUCCUGGGAACCUACCAAGACCUUUCUUCGCGGAAAGUUCGUCAAGCCGUUCCUCCCCUAUGAAAAACACCCCAACAUCAACAACGCCUCAUUAAGGAACUUGUAUCCUGGGGAUGAAGCGUAUAUCUUCGAGGUCAAGAACGCCAAAUGGGCCCGUGGUUACGUUUGCUCCAAGCCGUUUCCCAACGACUUCACCAUUACGUCAGUUAACUUGGACGAGUUGCCCAACCUCAACAUUCUGAUCGCGGUGUUCCCCGUUCUGUACGUGGCACUUAUCGAAGAAAUCCCCUUGGACUCGGCCAACAUUUACGUCAAUGGAGUCGCCAACGCUGGUGCUAUUCCCACCAUUCUGGACUCUGAAAGAUUGCUCAGACAAAACGUCGGAGACGAUAUCGACGGUUCAACUCUCAAUGGCUCCGACUUCUCGCCUCUGAGAUCAGCCAUGCCUCCGUUGCCAGCCAAUAUCUUCGACAAGCACAGCGACUUGACGGCUGAAAUCAGACACGCGCUCGAGUUGUUGACGUCGCACAUCUUUGCCUUGUACUCCAUCGGUGAGUUCCGGUUGUUCAACAAGUUGUCCACGAUCUACUUUUCGCUCAACGAAACGAGGAUCAAGUUGAACCACAACUUGCUAACUGCCAACGAAUCUCAGGUAGCCCGUGAAACUGCCACCUUCUUGCUCAACAAGAUUCCCAAGAAGUUGGCAUCCAAAUCUGCGAGAUUGAACUUCCAAUCCUAUGACUUGGAUAACGACAACACUGACAUUUCCGGCUACAAGGCGGUAUUAUCCAGAGAUGCGCUCUCUGGUGAUUUGUUGUCGAACUUGAAUGCUACUCCGUCUAGAAUCGCCUUGAACCAGGUGUUAUGUGCUUUGGAAUCAAAGUUUCCUGUCGACGCGCAUAAUCACCCAAACAUGUUUUCGUUGGAACCACCAUCUAACAAGAAAUUGCAACACGACCCUCCAGCUCACAUCCUUGUAGAUUUCCGGUCGGUAUUGGGCUCAUCUGUCUACCAACCUCCGGGCUUCGCUGGUAUGACUGCUUAUAUUUACGUUCGUAACAACCGUAAGAGAUUGACAGAAGCCUUUGCUGUUCACACCAACUCUGUGGACGAGUUGGUUCAUGUGGAAAAGAUCAGCGCAGCAUUGUUCAGAAAUAUUCCGGUUAGUGAAAUCGAGAACAACAGAGUCUACUUGGUAGCCAUUCUCACGGAAGAAGUAGAUUUGAACACCAAAGGUACGUCACAUCUUCCUCAGAUCAGAAGAGUCAAGAAGGGGGUGGCUGCUGGUGUGACCGACAUCACGCGUAUCUUUUCCAAGAACCAAGGCUCUUUGGAAUCUGGUGAGUCUCAUCAAUUUGCGAUUAAGUUGUUUGGAUCUUACGUCAAUAACAAGAAGGGAGCCAAGCCUGGUAUUGAUGACGAUGCCCACAACAACGGUUGGGGUGAAAUCGUUGACAGAAUCAUUUCUGGUUCUGGACAUGGUAUCGCUGUCAACCCAAGAGCAGAAAAAUUGGUGGUCACUGUGAAGGAGUUCAAACAUCAAUUCUCUGGGACAAAUGCAAACUCUGUCACAGCAGCAGCACCCAUUUCAAGAAUUAAGCCUAUCUUCUUUGAUCCCUUGGCUGAGAAUUAUGAAAGAAUCUACUUGUUCAUGGGUAAGGUUACUUUGCUUAAUAACAUUACCAAGGAUGACUUGUUGACUUUCGAAGUGACUACACCAAACAAUGAGUUGAUCACGUUUGCUAAGGCUUCGAAUCAACAAGAAAAACGAUCCUGGCAAUUCAUCUCUGUCUUCCCAGGAGAGUCCAUCGGAGAAAUCGUAAAGGUUAACGGUAUCUCCUUGAAGAAUCCUUCGAAGAAGCUUCCUAAGGAUGAUUACAUCUUGUUAUCCCUCUAUGUCAACGGUGCAUUAGCAGGUGAAGGAAAGCUUCUUUACAAGUCUGGGAACAGAUUGGUUGAAUUCAAUAAGAAGAAAACUCACUGUAUCGAAAUUACUUCAACAGCUCACAAGUUGCCCAUGGCCCAAGUUGAGGUCAGCACUGAAUACGUUGGUAAGAUCUACAACUCUGACGUUGCAAUUGAUAAUAUCUUCCAAUUUGAAAGGUUCCUCAAGAAUGGCUCCAGUGGCAUUGAUGACUUGUCCAACUCGUUGGUAUCUUUCUGUAAGUUGGAAAUUGCCCAGGUAGUCAAGUAUUUUCCGGAGUUGUUGAGUUCCUUGUACGCAAUUGUUGAUGUUUCCAGUCAAAAGCCUUUGAAUUCUAGUGUUGAUAUGCUUCUUGACAAUGCUUUUAAAGCAAUUGUCCAUUUGCUUGACACUAUCUUUGGUAAGCAAGACCAGUACUUGUUUUUGAUUGAAUCGUUCCUUCUCAAGUAUAAUGGUUUGCCAGCAAUUGGUGUUUUCUUGUUAAAUAAGGUUGCAGAGAUAUUUGCCCGAGCUGAAUCAAACUGGAAUUCUGUCUCCAGAUCGUUAUGCAGAGUUGUCUCCAUUAUCAUGAAAUUGUCGAUUCACUCAGUUGACCCUACCUCGGACGUCGAAGGCUUUGCAAUGGCUCUAAACGCUUUGUUUAAGUCAGCUUCCUUAUUACUUUCAAUCCAGUCAACUUCUUUGAUCAGCGAUCAGGUACUUAUUUUAGAUAUCAUCGACUAUGUCUUAGCCUUUAAGAAUCAUUUGGAUGAGAAGAUUAUUAUGAAAUACCUUAUUAACUUUAUCGACUCAGUCGGUAUUAGAGGGUUGGGGUUGAAUGAGGAUUCUUACGGUACCAAGAAAGCAAUCGUGACAGCUAAAGAUAACAAGAUUAUCAUCAGCAAAUUGUUGCUUAUUCAUCGUUUGUUCUCGACAAGUUUGACAGAUAACCCAGCAACUAGAGGCGUAUUGUUAAACAAAUCUAUUCAAUGGGCUAUGGAUGUGUUAUUGGGACCAACAGAUAUUGAUGCUACAAGGUUGGCAUGCAGCAUUUUGAAUGCUGUUUGUUGGACUUUACAUAAAUCUGUAUUCGUGGAGGGUCACACUGGUGAAAUAGGUACUUGCUAUUCGCUAGCCAAGUUAUUACCUGCAAUUGCAAGAACAUUUAUUAAAUACAACAAGUACACAAGAGGAAAUGAAUACUUCAAACCAAGAAGAACAUUCACAAGACUUUUCCAAACGGAGCACCCUUUCAAAGAAGAUCACAUUGACCCAAUUGUGAACGAUGAAGUCUUGGUCGAAGUCUUGGUUGAGAUCGCUACUAUUUUUGCCUUCGUCGUUAGAAUCGGAAAAGAUUCAGCUGGUAGUGAAGGAUUCAUCAAGAUCUUGGAUACCGAGGUACAAGGCGACUAUUUCGAUUCUUCCAAGUACUUGGCUAACAACUUCCAUAGCGAAGAUAUUAUCACCCUUAUUUCGGGAGCCAAGAUUAUGCGUAUAGGAAAGUACUUCCCAGAAGAAAAAUGGUUGUCAUUGUACGCCAUGGUUGCGGAAGGUUGCUUGUCGGCUAUGGAAUUAAUCAGACCAUUGUUGAUUAAACAUUACAUUCCUCCCCUUAACGAAUCUGAAAUGUUUGAUCGUUCGCUUUGGGGAAAUUACUUGAAGACUCUUUUGAAAUUGUCUGGUUUAGCACCGGUAUCCAUUGAACACUUGACUGAUGUUCCUAAGAAGGCUUGUUUCCAAAUCACAGGUACAAUGCGUGAUAGAAUUGCCUAUUUGUUGAACGAAGCUUGGGAUGCUCUUGCUUGGGAUGCAACAGAUGAGGACUACGUCAGAUUUAACUUGAAGAAGUUUGGAGGAUACCAAGUUGAUUUUGUCAACAAUGAUUAUGGUAUUCUACAGGAAUUGAUGUUGUUUGCAUUGCAGAGAAGUGUAGAAUGUCAAACUGUUGCAGUGAACAUAUUGUGGUCGGUUAUCGUAUCCGAAUUUAUUGUGAGCGAUUCGAUUGUUGAUAUUGAGAAGGAGUGUCUUGUUGGUUUACAUGAUAUCUAUUACAGAAAUGCCUAUAAACCAGGUGUACCUGAACAAGAAAGUUUCAUUGAAAGAAUGAAGUUGACAUUCAGAUUGGACAGAGAAGACGUUGCAUUUAGCACUGUGUACAAUUUUAUUGAAAGUCUUUCUGGAUUCUUGGUAGUCUUGAACGAUUUGAACAGUGUUCCAGUUGGUCCUGAAUUCGACGAUGACAGAACAUUUCACAAGUUGAACAUCAAUGCUUACUUGAAGAAUGCAAAUAAACCAGAAUUAUUCCACUCUUUUAUCAAUUCUAUGUACGAAGAGAAUGUUGCUAAAAAGGAUUUUAUUCAAGCAGCAUUGAGUUUAGAAUUGCUUGCUUCAACUUAUAGUUGGGAUCACAAUAAUAUUCUAUCUGCAAGUUUUAGACCAAAGUUCCCAGAACAAUCAUCAUUUGAAAGAAAGGAAACACUUUAUAAGAUGAUUGCCAACAAUUAUAUUAAGGGUAACAGUCUUGAGAGGGCUACAGAUACUUAUAAUGAAUUAUUGGAUUCAUACCAUCAACACACAUACGACUUGAAGAGUUUUGCCUAUGUUCACAAUAAAUUGGCAAAGUUGUACCUUGACUUGGAAUCUUCAGACAAGCUCAGUCCUUCGUUCUUUAGAGUUGCUUUUAUUGGAGCAGGUUUCCCCACCAACAUUAGAGGUAAGGAGCAAAUUUACGAAGGUUUACCUUUCGAGCAUAUCACUUCGAUUCAUGAGAGAUUGUUGAGAUUGUAUCCUGGUGCCAGAAUUAUUUCCGACGAUUCUGAAGCACAGAAAUUGAAAGAGAAAAUACAAACAGGAAGAUAUCUUCAUGUCAGUGUUGUUGAGCCCGUCAAUGAGAUUUCUGACAAGUUAUUCAAUGCCUCCAUUGGUGUUAGACAAUACGCCCGAAAUAAGGAUUUGAGAUUCUUCACCACCAUGAAGAAGGUUCCAGGUGCUACUUCCAUCUUUGAUUUGUGGACAGAAGAAACUACCUACGAAACAUUCCUUUCGUUUCCAACGUUGAUGAACAGAAGUGACAUCAAGGGAACGAAGACGCUCAAGUUGUCACCUUUGGACAAUGCCAUUAGAACCAUUGUCAAUAAGAACAAUGACAUGAUUCAAUUGGAAAGUAUGAUCAACUUGGCGUUCAAGGAAAAGGUUGACUUCACAUCGUUGUUCAACGAUUUGUCCAGGCAAUUGGCUGGUACUGUUGACUCGCCGGUCAAUGGUGGUGUUGGUCAGUACCGUACAUUCUUUUCUGAUCCUAAGUACGACGGAAAGGAAGACUACGCUUUUCAAAUCAGAUUGUUGAGAAAUGCGUUCAACGACUUAACAUUGAUUUUGAAUCGUUGUUUACAUCUUCACGGUAAGUUGAUCCCCAACAGCAUGAAAACCUCACACGAGGCAUUGGUAGAGUUAUACAAGAAGAACUUCAAGGAAGACAUAGAACUGUUGAAAAUCUCCACUGAUUACGAGCACUCCUACCAUCACCACCCCCACCAAUCGCCCCAGCUUUCUCACCACUCACCACAACUUAAUCACCACUCGCCCCUGCUUGGAAGCAACGCCAGUGAUAAGCGGUCUAUGUCAGGAACAAGUAGUGCGUUCAUGAGCAGUAAAUUAAACAGCAGUAGAGUUUCGGUUGCAUCAGCAGCACCAAUAACAAGCAGAAGCGAACUGCAUUGAAUUGGAGAGGGUACAGCAAGGCGUAGAUAGACUUUGUUUAGACAUUUCAAGAGACAUUAUAUGGCUUAG